CAGGUCCUGUACACGGACGUUUCCGGUUGCGCUUAUCUACGUAGAGAAAAGGGUUCCGGACCUUGGCUACGCACCACAGUUCCGGGCAGGAACUUUACAAGAGUCAGUGCUCCCGGUCCAGGGCAACUAGAUUUCGCUACCGCAGCCCUACGAUGUGCGCGGUGCUCCGCCAACCCAAAUGCGUCAAGUUGCGAGCCUUACACAGCUCGUGCAAGUUCGGCGUGGCGGCCCGGAGCUGCCAGGAGCUGCUGAGCAAGGGUUGCGUUCGCUUCCAGCUCCCGGUGCCCGGCUCCCGGCUGUGCCUGUACGAAGAUGGCACGGAGGUGACCGACGACUGCCUCCCUGGCCUUCCCAACGACGCUGAGCUCCUGUUGCUCGCCGCUGGCGAGACCUGGCACGGCUAUGUGAGUGACAUCACACGUUUCCUCAGUGUGUUUAAUGAGCCGCAUGCUGGGGUCAUCCAGGCUGCACGGCAAUUGCUGUCAGACGAGCAGGCCCCGCUGAGGCAGAAGCUGCUGGCCGACCUGCUGCAUCAUGUGAGCCAGAACAUUACUGCAGAGACCCGGGAGCAGGACCCAUCCUGGUUUGAAGGGUUGGAGUCGCGAUUCCGGAAUAAGUCUGGCUACCUGAGAUACAGCUGUGAGAGUCGGAUCCGGGGUUACCUGAGAGAGGUGAGUGCUUACACCUCUAUGGUGGAUACCGCAGCUCAAGAAGAGUACCUGCGAGUCCUCGGUUCCAUGUCCCAGAAGCUCAAGUCCAUGCAGUACAACGGCAGCUAUUUCGACAGAGGUGCGGAGGCCAGCAGCCGCCUCUGUACUCCAGAAGGAUGGUUCUCCUGCCAGGGCCCCUUUGACCUGGAGAGCUGUCUCUCCAAGCACUCCAUCAACCCCUACGGCAACAGAGAGAGCCGGAUCCUCUUCAGUACCUGGAACCUGGAUCAUAUAAUAGAGAAGAAGCGCACCGUGGUACCCACGCUGGCUGAGGCGAUCCAGGACGGGAGGGAGGUGAACUGGGAGUACUUCUACAGCCUGCUCUUCACUGCGGAGAACCUGAAGCUGGUGCACAUCGCCUGCCACAAGAAGACCACACACAAGCUGCAGUGUGACCACAGUAGGAUCUAUCGGCCUCAGACAGGACCCAGGCGGAAGCAGCCUGCUCGGAAACAGCCUGCCCGGAAGCGCCCUGCUCGGAAGCGCCAGUGACUCGUGCCAGGCCCUCUUUGAGGCCGCUGCAGCGGUAACGGGGGCAGUUGUGCUUCGGCACUCUAGAAGGUUCAAGGAAAGUUGUUAGGAAUCUUUCCCACGGAUCCGAUUUCUGUACCUUCCCAGUUGGCUUCCCAGCCUCUGACAGCACGUUGUGCAGAGGACAGUACUGGUGCUCAUCCUGUUCCUGUGGCAGGGUCUUCAUGCUCACGGCCCCAGGCUGAACUUGGCCACUGUGAUGCGUGUGCGGUGCUGGUUUGCGCUGAGCUUUUAUGGCCUCUAUUUCCACUGCAAAUGGCAGCUCUGACUACAUGCCUCUGAAAGAAAUGGUGCUUCUGGGGAAAAUGCUUGCAUUUCAUAAUGAACAAUGCAGGGUGUUCUCCGCUGAACUGUUUAAAAUGGCAGAAGGUAGGAAGCCUUCCAGAUGUCUCCUGGUGUGAACAGCUGACUGCGGCAUUAUUUUGAGCCAUAGGAAACUGAUGUUGCACGAUUGGAGCAGGUUUAAACUUUCACAUGGAGAAAUAGGAAACCGUUAAAAGCAUAGAUGGCUUUAUCUGUGCAGGGAAUGACCUUGAACUCAUGAUCUUUCUGCUGCAUCCCUAGAGCUGGGGCUACAGGCGUAUACCACCACACUUGGUAUUUGGUUUUGUAAAUGUGUGUCAACUUGCACACAGUCUGCGAAAUGCCACUUGGCGAAAGCAGUAAUCCUGGGGGAUUCAGCAGGGAUGAGAUCAUCACCAAGUACAAUCUCCUACAUCGUGUAUUUAUAAUACUCCAUUCUUCUUUUUCUCUGAGACCGGGUCUCACUAUGUAGCUCUGGCUGGACUGCAGCUCACUGUAGAGACCAGUCAGCCCCUGCCUCCAGAGUGCUGGGAUCAAAGGUGUGUGCCACCACACCCAGCCUGAGUUUAUUUUUGAAAUGGUCAUUUUAUAUUAUUUUGUAAUGUUUGGAUUUUUAUAUUUGCCAUGUAAUCAGAAAAACAAUAAAAUGUUUCUAAAAUA